UUUAGGGCGUCCUUGUGUUUCUUGCUGCAAAAACUCAAUUCAUCAAGAGUGCAGAGGAAGCCGCUCAAUUUCAAAAUUUCAUUAUAUGCAUUGAGAUGCUUAUAGCUGCUUUAGGCCAUCUUUAUGCAUUCCCAUACAAAGAAUAUGCAGGAGCUAAUAUUGGCGGUUCGCAUGGUCUCACGGGAAGUCUUGCACAUGCCGUAAAAUUGAACGACUUCUACCACGACACGGUCCACCAGUUUGCACCAACUUAUCAUGACUAUGUUCUUUAUAAUCAUAGCGAUGGAGAUGAAGGAACAAGGAAGUAUCGAUCACGCACCUUUGUGCCUACCGGGCCUGAGAUGGAUGCUGUUAGAAGAAACAAACACGUGUUUGGAAACAAGAUAGAUGACAUUCAGCUUUCCACAAUCUCGUCUUCAAGUUCAAGUACUCCGAAUGAUUCCGAGUUAGCCCUCGAACCAGCACAUUCCGAUGCAAUGAAGUCUUCUCUUCUUAUGGAUGCCGCAAACUCUUUAUCCACACCAUUCGACAUGUCGCUUAUCGACUUGGAUAUGUCUAGUUACCCCUCGAAAGUUGCUGCAGCAGACGACACGGAGAGGAGGUAACGAGAAUAGUGGACAGGUAGGGGAAGAAAAGAAAGAUCUUACGUGAAGGGAAUACGUAAAGAAAGAAAGUUACAUAUAGAGAUUUUAGGGUGUACCUUUCGUUUCUGGGACGUUUGUGCACAUUGAUAUUGCAGCAUAACCGAAAAUCGUGUACAAUGGCGUGUUUCU